GGAGGAGGAGGGCCCUAUAUAACCACCGAGGAUCGCAGCCCGGCACCCGAGCGCUCCACGCAGUCACCGGCAGCAGCAGCAGCAGCCCCCCCCCCACUCCCAGCGUUCGUCCGCCGCUCCCUCGCGUCUCUCCUCUUGAGUGCGGGGCGCAACAAAAGACAACCAUUGACUUGCCCCCCCCCCCCCAAGACUUAUUACACAGCGGUCGUGGCAAAACAGCCGAGAGGCGGCGCGCGACUCUCACAAGUUGGGGGGGGGGGGAGACCCUCAACAAGGACGACCCCCGCGGUGGCUUUCGACUCGCCACGAGGACGGACGCGAGGAUCUUUUUAAAACUCCCGACGUUUUGGGCGACUCGAGUCCACCCACCGAGCAUGGCGGCGCGAGGCGUGCUGCUGGCGCUCCUCGCGGUGGUGGCCCGAGGGGUCCGGGCAGAGCCCCCUCCUCCUCCGCCACAUCAGCCGCAGGAGCAGCAACCGGGGGGUUCCUCCACCCCCGUGCAUAGCGGACCCUCCCUGGCGCAAGGUGGAUGUAACGUGAAUGGGAAGAUGUACUCUGUGGCCGAGCGUUGGGAGCGGGUCUACCUGGGCCGCAUGCUCACCUGUACCUGCUUUGGCGGUGAUCGUGGAUGGACCUGUGAAGGCAAACCUGAACCCGAAUCGUGCUUCGACCAGUACACGGGGGGACGCUACCGUGCCGGCGAGACGUGGGAGCGCCCCAAGGGGGGUCUCGUGUGGGACUGCACCUGCCUGGGCGCCAGCGUCAGCCGCAUCAGCUGCACCACUGCCAGUCGCUGUCACGAGGGCGGCAGCUCGUACAAGAUCGGAGACAAGUGGCGGCGGGUGCACGAGUCGGGCAGCUACAUGAUGGAUUGUGUGUGUCUGGGGAACGGCAAGGGGGAGUGGAUCUGCAACCCAGUGUCCGGCUCCCAGGAGCGCUGCUACGACAACACGCUGGGCUCAGCGCACCUGGUGGGCGACACCUGGGAGCGGCCGUACCAGGGCUGGAUGGUGGUGGACUGCACCUGCCUGGGAGAGGGCCAGGGUCGCAUCGCCUGCACGUCCCGCAACCGCUGCAACGACCAGGAGACGCGACGCUCGUACAAGGUUGGCGAGACGUGGUCCCGAGCGGAUGCGCGAGGGCAGCCCCUGCGAUGCCUCUGCAUUGGCAACGGCAACGGGGAGUGGAAGUGCGACCGCCAGACCUCCAGCGUCACCGCCACGGGUCACACAGUGGCCUUUAUUGGUGAAUGCACAGGACAGCUGCACCAGGCAGGUGUGCAGGACUCGGGCACACACCAGACCAGUGUGCAGCAAACGAGCGUGCACACGAGCGUACACUCGUCAGUGUACCGGCCCACGGUGCAGUGCGAGGCGGACGGGGGCGCGCUGUUCAGCAGCGGCGAGCGCUGGGUGAAGUCGCAGGAAGGGGGGGGACAGCUGCUGUGCACCUGUCUGCCCAGUGGAGUGAACUGCCAGACCAUCGCCAUAAAAACACACGGCGGCAACUCGGAUGGGGCUCCGUGCGUGUUCCCCUUCACGCACGAGGGGCGCGUGCACAGCACGUGCACGGCCGAGGGGCGCGACGACGGCAAGCUGUGGUGCAGCACGACCGCCAACUACGCCCAGGACAAGAAGUUCUCACUGUGCAGCCAGGAAGAAGGAACAACGGUGACGCUGGUGACCACAAGGGGUGGGAACUCCAAUGGAGCGCUGUGCCACUUCCCGUUCGUGUUCGGUGGCCGAGAGCACGUCGCCUGCACUUCGGAGGGUCGCGCCGACGGCAUGAAGUGGUGCAGUACCACGGCCAACUUUGACACCGACCAACGCUACGGCUUCUGCCCCAUGGCAGCUCACGAGGACGUGUGCACGGCGGACGGCGUGCAGCACCGCGUGGGCGACCAGUGGGACCGGCCGCACGAGCUUGGCCAGGCGAUGCGCUGCACGUGCAUCGGCGGUGGCCGCGGCGACUGGACAUGUGUGCCCUACACCAAGAUCCUCGACCAGUGCGUGAUAGACGGGCGGACAUACAACGUGAACCAGACGUUCCUGAAGAGACACGAUGAGGGCCACAUGAUGAACUGCACCUGCUUGGGACAGGGCCGUGGACGCUGGAAGUGCGAUGCGAUGGACCAGUGCCAGGACACGGACUCGAGGCAGUUCUACCAGAUCGGAGAGACGUGGGUGCGACUUGUGGAGGGCUCGCCGUACAUGUGCAUCUGCCUCGGCAAAGGCAUUGGCGAAUGGAGCUGCAAUCCUCAGACAAAUUUGAACGAAGUAAAAACUCCCAUCCAAGUUUUCAUCUCAGAUGCCUCGAACCAGGCCAGCUCCCACCCGCGCAUCGAGUGGGCCAACACCCAGCAGCUGCCUCACGUCACGGGGUACUUGCUCCGCUGGAGACAGAAAAACAGCCGUCUGUCCUGGCGGGAGGUGUCCGUGCCGGCACGCCUGAACUCCUACACCAUCACUGGGCUGAAGCCGGGCCUGACGUACGAGGGGCAGCUCAUCACGCUGCUGGUGUCCGGCCUGCGCGAAGUGACGCGCUUCGAGUUCACCACCUCGCUUGUCACGCACCACUUCACUCGAGGAAACGAGGGCGAGACGCGACAGAGCUCGUUCGUCGGGGGCACCGUGCCGCCCGUGCUCUCGGGCGCCUCCGAGACGAUGACCGAGAUCACCUCGAGCAGCUUCCUCGUCUCCUGGGUGUCCACCUCGUCGUCGGUGUCCGGCUUCCGCGUGGAGUACGAGCUGAGCGAAGACGGCGCCGUCACGCACCGCCUAGACCUGCCGAACACGGCCAACUCCGUGUCACUGGAGAACCUGCUCCCCGGGAGGCGCUACCACGUGAAGGUGUACGAGGUGACGGAUGGACAGGACGACUCUCUCAUUCUCAUCACUACGCAGACCACCGCUCCGGAUGCCCCUCAACAAUAUGAAGUGACAGAGGCUACGGACACAUCCCUUGUAAUCCGCUGGAUCGCUCCAAAGGCUCCCAUAAGAGGCUACCGCAUCGUGUUCACGCCGGUGGAGGAGGGCUCCCGGCCGGAGCUCGCCAGCACGGAGCUCACGCUGCCCAGCGAGUCCACCUCGGUGACGCUCAGCGGCCUCGCUCCGGGAGUCACGUACAAUAUCACGCUAACAGCCGUGGGGGAGACGCAGGACAGCGAACCCGUUUUCAUCCAGCAGUCCACGCUGCCUGGCACGGGCCAACACCGAGAAUUGAUCCUGGCGCCUCCGACGGACCUGCAGUUCGUCGCCGUGACCGAGACGAAGAUCGUCCUCAUGUGGAACCGGCCCGUCGCCCCCGACGACGCCAUGAUGGGCUUCCGCAUCGUCGUCACGCCGCUGGGGCGGGCGCAGGAGGCGUUCCGCGUGCCAUUCACGGAGCACACCUUCGCCGACAUGGACGGCCUGCAGCCAGGCGUCACGUACCGCUUCGAGGUCUACGCCGUGUACCACCAGGGCGGCCAGGAGAGCCAGCCGCUCGUCGGCGAGCAAACAACACUGGUCGACGCUCCAUCGGACAUGCGCUUCGUGGAGAUCACCGAGACGAGCGUCGCCAUCAACUGGACGGCACCGCAGGCCGCACUCGACAGCUACCACCUGAGCUACGGCCCCACGCGCCCCGGCGCCGGGCGGCCAAAAUCGCUGGCCGUGUCGCCCGAGGCGCGCCACCACACGGAGCGCGGCCUGCGGCCCGCCACCGAGUACACCAUCACGCUGCGCUCCGUCAAGAACGGGCAGCGCAGCGUGCCGCUCAGCGCCAUUUUCACGACUCUGGAAGCGGGCUCCCAAGUGGGCGUUCAGGCUUAUCCUCAUCCAGAUACCCAGCCUGGCACUCCUUCUGACUUGCACCCACAUCAUCAGCCAGACACCCAUCCACGCCGGCCAGACACCCAUCCACGCCGGCCAGACACCCAUCCACGCCGGCCAGACACCCAUCCACAUCGGCCAGACACCCAUCCGCGCCAGCCAGACACCCAUCCGCGCCAGCCAGACACCCAUCCACGCCAGCCAGACACCCAUCCACGCCAGCCAGCUGUCGGCCCUUUUGAGACAUCGGAACGGUCAGGGCCUUUGCCCGGAUCUCUGCCCGAGAUCAUCACGGAAAUCACGGAAACGUCGCUGACUUUCAGGUGGAAACCCACGGCCAGUGUCUCGGUCCUGGCAUCGGUGCAGCUCCCCGAGCACGAGGCUCCCUUCAGGACGGAGACGUCGGAGUCGGGCAGCAUCCUGAUCGACGGCUUGACCCCCGGAGAGCAGUACAUCGUGACCGUCUCCAUCCUGUGGGAUGGGCGGCAGAUUGCUCGGCCCGCCACGAAAACCAUCACCACACCCUUUGCUCAAAUCCGGAACGUCAAGGUGGAUGUGAACCCCAUCACAAGGAAACUGACGCUGUCGUGGGACAGAUCCAGCAUUCCGGGCCUGACCGGGUACCGCGUGCGUGGAGUGCCCCUCCACGGGCAGCGAGGCCACCUCCUGGAUCAGCUGGUGAGACCCGAGGAGACGUCGCUGACUCUGGACAGCCUCACUCCCGGAGUGAGGUACAACAUCACCAUCACGGCCCUCAAGGAUGGUGUGGAGAGUGCCCCAUUUUCCUCCAGUGCCACCGGUGAAAUCCCCCGACCCACGAACCUGGCGUUCACCAACGUGAGCGACACCUCGCUGGUGCUGCGCUGGACGCCUCUGCCUUUGCCCGGCGUGACGGGCUACCGCGUGACCGUGUCCUUGCCCGGUGAUGCCUCGCUGCUCCUGGACGACACUGUCGGGCCCGGCAUUGGGGCCUUCUCCAUCGACGGGCUGGAGCCCGGCAUCCUGUACGAUUUCAGCGUGUCCACGCUCGUGGAAAAUGGGGAGUCUGAAGCCGUACGCGGGACACACAGCACCGAAGUGGGACCGCCCAGGAACGUGCAUGUAGACGUAAACCCCGACAACGGAGAGCUGACCAUCACCUGGCAGGGAAUGACCGUUCCAGGUCUGACGGGGUACCGCGUGCGCGGCACGCCCCUCCACGGGCAGCGGGGACAGCCUCUGGAUGAGCUCGUGGGGCCGGACCGGACGUCCUUCACCUUGGCCCGGCUGACGCCCAAUGUGGAGUACAACGUCACGAUCACGGCCAUCAAGGACGAAAUGGAGAGCCAGCCCUUUUCAACCGUCAUCUCAAACGCUGCCGACCGGCGGGUCGUAGUCACCCCUCAGCCAUCCGAUCUCAGCUUCACCAACGUGAGCGACACGUCUCUGGCGCUGCGCUGGACCCCGCUGUCCCUGCCUGGCAUCACGGGCUAUCGCGUGAUGGUGUCUCUGCCGGGCGACUCCUCGCCCCUCCUGGAUGCCGUCGUGGGGCCUCGCACGGGGGUUUAUACUGUCGAAGGCCUUCGGCCCGGCGUGGUUUAUGAUAUCGGGGUCUCCACGCUGGCAAAGGACGGGGAGAGUGAACCUGCACGGCGCUCGCAAACCACUGCACCGGGCUCCCCGAAAGACGUGCACGUGACCCUGAACUCAGAUACCGGAGAGUUGACCAUCACCUGGCAGAAGGUUCCCACUCCAGGGGUGACGGGCUACCGAGUGCGUGGAACUCCCCUGCACGGCCAGCGCGGCCACUCAGUGGACGAGCUGGUGAGGCCUGAUCAGACGUCGGUCACCGUGGAGGGACUCACGCCCGGUGUGGAGUACAACAUCACCGUCACGGCCGUCAAGAACGGUCAGGAGGGCAAACCUUCGUCCACCAUCAUUUCAACUGCUGGUGACAGGGUGGUUGUAGUCACCCCACGGCCGUCUGAUCUCAGCUUCACCGACGUGAGCGACACCUCUCUGGUGCUGCGCUGGACCCCGCUGUCCGUGCCUGGCAUCACGGGCUAUCGCGUGACGGUGUCUUUGCCGGGCGACUCCUCGCCCCACCUGGAUGCCGUCGUGGGGCCUCGCACGGGGGUCUAUACCGUCGAAGGCCUCCGGCCCGGCAUGGUUUAUGAUAUUGGGGUCUCCACGCUGACAAAGGACGGGGAGAGUGAACCUGCACGGCGCUCGCAAACCACUGCACCGGGCUCCCCGAAGGAUGUGCACGUGACCUUGAACUCUGACACCGGCGAGUUGACCAUCACCUGGCAGAAGGUUGCCACUCCAGGGGUGACGGGUUACCGAGUGCGUGGAACUCCCCUGCAUGGCCAGCGCGGUCACUCGGUGGACGAGCUGGUGAGGCCUGAUCAGACGUCGGUUAACGUGGAGAGACUCACGCCUGGUGUUGAGUACAACAUCACCGUCACGGCCGUCAAGAACGGUCAGGAGGGCAAACCUUCGUCCACCAUCAUUUCCACUGCUGAUGACCGGGUGGUCGUAGUCACCCCACGGCCGUCUGAUCUCAGCUUCACCGACGUGAGCGACACCUCUCUGGUGCUGCGCUGGACCCCGCUGUCCGUGCCUGGCAUCACGGGCUAUCGCGUGACGGUGUCUCUGCCGGGUGACUCCGUGCCCCUCCUGGAGGACACUGUGGGGCCUCGCACGGGGGUCUAUGCCGUCGAAGGCCUCCGGCCCGGCGUGGUUUAUGAUAUUGGGGUCUCCACGCUGACGGAGGACGGGGAGAGUGAACCUGCACGGCGCUCGCAUACGACUGCACCGGGCUCCCCGAAGGACGUGCACGUGACCCUGAACUCGGAUACCGGAGAGUUGACCAUCACCUGGCAGAAGGUUCCUACUCCAGGAGUGACGGGCUACCGAGUGCGUGGAACUCCCCUGCAUGGCCAGCGCGGCCACUCGGUGGACGAGAUGGUGAGGCCUGAUCAGACGUCGGUCACCGUGGAGGGACUCACGCCCGGUGUGGAGUACAACAUCACCGUCACGGCCGUCAAGAACGGUCAGGAGGGAAAACCUUCGUCCACCAUCAUUUCAACUGCUGGUGACCGGGUGGUCGUAGUCACCCCACGGCCGUCUGAUCUCAGCUUCACCGACGUGAGCGACACCUCUCUGGUGCUGCGCUGGACCCCGCUGUCCGUGCCUGGCAUCACGGGCUAUCGCGUGACGGUGUCUCUGCCGGGCGACUCCUCGCCCCUCCUGGAGGACACUGUGGGGCCUCGCACGGGGGUCUAUGCCGUUGAAGGCCUCCGGCCCGGCGUGGUUUAUGAUAUUGGGGUCUCCACGCUGUCGGAGGACGGGGAGAGUGAACCUGCACGGCGCUCGCAGACGACUGCACCGGGCUCCCCGAAGGACGUGCACGUGACCCUGAACUCAGAUACCGGAGAGUUGACCAUCACCUGGCAGAAGGUUCCUACUCCAGGGGUGACGGGCUACCGAGUGCGUGGAACGCCCCUGCAUGGCCAGCGCGGCCACUCAGUGGACGAGCUGGUGAGGCCUGAUCAGAUGUCGGUCACCGUGGAGAGACUCACGCCCGGUGUGGAGUACAACAUCACCGUCACGGCCGUCAAGAACGGUCAGGAGGGCAAACCUUCGUCCACCAUCAUUUCAACUGCUGGUGACCGGGUUGUCGUAGUCACCCCACGGCCGUCUGACCUCGGCUUCACCGACGUGAGCGACACCUCUCUGGUGCUGCGCUGGACCCCGCUGUCCGUGCCUGGCAUCACGGGCUAUCGUGUGAUGGUGUCUCUGCCGGGCGACUCCUCGCCCCUCCUGGAGGACACUGUGGGGCCUCGCACGGGGGUCUAUGCCGUUGAAGGCCUCCGGCCCGGCGUGGUUUAUGAUAUUGGGGUCUCCACGCUGACGGAGGACGGGGAGAGUGAACCUGCACGGCGCUCGCAGACCACUGCACCGGGCUCCCCAAAGGACGUGCACGUGACCCUGAACUCAGAUACCGGAGAGUUGACCAUCACCUGGCAGAAGGUUCCUACUCCAGGGGUGACGGGCUACCGAGUGCGUGGAACGCCCCUGCAUGGCCAGCGCGGCCACUCGGUGGACGAGCUGGUGAGGCCUGAUCAGAUGUCGGUCACUGUGGAGAGACUCACGCCCGGUGUGGAGUACAACAUCACCGUCACGGCCGUCAAGAACGGUCAGGAGGGCAAACCUUCGUCCACCAUCAUUUCAACUGCUGGUGACCGGGUGGUCGUAGUCACCCCACGGCCGUCUGAUCUCAGCUUCACCGACGUGAGCGACACCUCUCUGGUGCUGCGCUGGACCCCGCUGUCCGUGCCUGGCAUCACGGGCUAUCGGGUGACGGUGUCUCUGCCGGGUGACUCCACGCCCCUCCUGGAGGACACUGUGGGGCCUCGCACGGGGGUCUAUGCCGUCAAAGGCCUCCGGCCCGGCGUGGUUUAUGAUAUUGCGGUCUCCACGCUGUCGGAGGACGGGGAGAGUGAACCUGCACGGCGCUCGCAAACGACUGCACCGGGCUCGCCGAAGGACGUGCACGUGACCCUGAACUCAGAUACCGGAGAGUUGACCAUCACCUGGCAGAAGGUUCCCACUCCAGGGGUGACGGGCUACCGAGUGCGUGGAACUCCCCUGCACGGCCAGCGUGGCCACUUGGUGGACGAGCUGGUGAGGCCUGAUCAGACGUCGGUCACCGUGGAGGGACUCACGCCCGGUGUGGAGUACAACAUCACAGUCACGGCCGUCAAGAACGGUCAGGAGGGCAAACCUUCGUACACCAUCAUUUCAACUGCUGCCGGCCGGCGGGUCGUAGUCACCCCUCAGCCAUCCGAUCUCAGCUUCACCAACGUGAGCGACACCUCUCUGGUGCUGCGCUGGACCCCGCUGUCCGUGCCUGGCAUCACGGGCUAUCGCGUGACGGUGUCUCUGCCGGGCGACUCCUCGCCCCUCCUGGAGGACACUGUAGGGCCUCGCACGGGGGUCUAUGCCGUCGAAGGCCUCCGGCCCGGUGUGGUUUAUGAUAUUGGGGUCUCCACACUGACGGAGGACGGGGAGAGUGAACCUGCACGGCGCUCGCAGACCACUGCACCGGGCUCCCCGAAGGACGUGCACGUGACCCUGAACUCGGAUACUGGAGAGUUGACCAUCACCUGGCAGAAGGUUCCCACUCCAGGGGUGACGGGCUACCGAGUGCGUGGAACUCCCCUGCAUGGCCAGCGUGGCCACUUGGUGGACGAGCUGGUGAGGCCUGAUCAGACGUCAGUCACCGUGGAGGGACUCACGCCCGGUGUGGAGUACAACAUCACAGUCACGGCCGUCAAGAACGGUCAGGAGGGCAAACCUUCGUCCACCAUCAUUUCAACUGAUGUCCCCCAGCCGUCCGAUCUCAGCUUCACAAACGUGAGCGACACCUCUCUGGUGCUGCGCUGGACCCCGCUGUCCCUGCCUGGCAUCACGGGCUAUCGCGUGACGGUGUCUCUGCCGGGCGACUCCUCGCCCCUCCUGGAUGCCGUCGUGGGGCCUCGCACGGGGGUCUAUACCGUCGAAGGCCUUCAGCCCGGCGUGGUUUAUGAUAUUGGGGUCUCCACCCUCGUGGAGGACGGGGAGAGUGAACCUGCACGGAGCUCGCAGAGUACUGUUGUUGGACCACCGAAGGACGUGCACGUGGACUUGAGCCCGGACUCCGGAGCGCUGACGAUCACGUGGCAGCGAGUGAUGGCUCCAGGCCUGACCGGGUACCGCGUGCGCGCAACGCCCCUCCACGGGCAGCGAGGCAACUCGGUGGAUGAGCUCGUGGCGCCGGACCAGACUUCGUUUUCCCUGGACGCCCUCACGCCCGGCGUUUCGUACAACAUCACCAUCACCGCUGUCAGCAAUGGCCGCGAGAGUACACCCUACUCCACCACAAUCUCCACCGACAUUCCCCAGCCGUCUGAUCUCAGCUUCACCAACGUGAGCGACACCUCUCUGGUGCUGCGCUGGACCCCGCUGUCCCUGCCUGGCAUCACGGGCUAUCGCGUGACGGUGUCUCUGCCGGGCGACUCCUCGCCCCUCCUGGAGGACGUCGUGGGGCCUCGCACGGCGAUCUACGCCAUCGAAGGCCUCCAGCCUGGCGUGGUUUAUGAUAUCGGAGUCUCCACUCUGGUGGAGGAUGGGGAGAGUGAACCUGCACGGCGCUCGCAGACAACAAUUCUCAUGCCACCACAGGACGUGCAAGUGGAUUUCAACUCUCCCAGUGGAGUCCUCACCAUCUCCUGGCAGAGAGUUGCUGUGCCCGAACUGACGGGGUACCGGGUGCGUGGGGUCCCCCUGCGUGGGCAGCGUGGAAACUCACUCGAUGAGCUGCUGAGGCCCGACCAGACGUCCUUCGUGUUGGACGGCCUCACGCCUGGCGUGGAGUACAACAUCACGGUCGCCACAGUCAAGGGCGUCCUGGAAAGCAAACCCUUCUCCACCACGCUCACGACCGACCUGCCUGAGCCGUUCGAUCUCAGCUUCGCCAACGUGAGCGACACCUCUCUGGUGCUGCGCUGGAGCCCGCUGUCCCUGCCUGGCAUCACGGGCUAUCGCGUGACGGUGUCUCUGCCGGGCGACUCCUCGCCCCUCCUUGAGGACGUCGUGGGGCCUCGCACGGGGGUCUACGCCAUCGAAGGCCUCCGGCCCGGCGUGGUUUAUGAUAUUGGGGUCUCCACCUUGGUGGAGGACGGGGAGAGUGAACCUGCACGGCGCUCGCACACCACUGAGCUGGGCCCUCCCAGGGAUGUGAAGGUGGAAUCAAACGAUGAAACCGGUGAACUCACCAUUACGUGGCAGAGAGUUUCAUCGCCAGGCCUCACGGGGUACCGCGUGCGUGGAGUGCCGCUCAACGGGCAGCAGGGCAACUGGCUGGACGAGCUGGUGAGGUACGACCAGACGUCGCUCACGCUGGACAGCCUCACGCCCGGAGUACAGUACAACAUCACCAUCGCCUCCGUCAAGGACGACUUGGAGAGCAAUCCCUUUUCCACAACUCUUACCGCAGACGUCCCCAAACCCCAGGACGUGCAGACCGAGGACACGAGCGAAACGUCCAUCGUGCUGCGCUGGACCCCGCUGCACCGCGACGGCAUCACGGGCUACCGCGUGUCCAUCUCGCUGCCCGGCGAGUCCCAGGCCCUCUCCGAGGAAACGGUGGGGCCCCAUACGGGCGUCUACACCUUCUCGGGGCUGCAGCCCGGCGUGAGGUACAACGUGGGAGUCACCACGCUGGCGGGAGAUGGAGAGAGCCAGCCCACCCACCACACGCAGAGCACCGCUAUAAAUCCACCAAAGGAUUUUGAAGUGGACACUGGAUCGGGGACUGGAGAAGUCACUAUCACAUGGAACAGAGUGACGAUACCAGGCCUGACCGGGUACCGCGUGCGUGGGACACCCCUCCACGGGCAGCGCGGCCACGCCCUGGAUGAAGUCGUGAGGCCUGACCAGACGUCCCUCACCUUGGAGAGCCUCACCCCCGGCGUGGAGUACAACAUCACCAUCACGGCCGUCGUAGAUGACCAGGAGAGUCCUCCGGUGUCAACAACGAUCACCACAGACAUCCCAAAACCCAAGGACGUGCACGCCGACGAAGCGAUCGACACGUCCAUCGUGCUGCGCUGGACCCCGCUGCGCCGCGACGGCAUCACGGGCUACCGCGUGUCCAUCUCGCUGCCCGGCGAGUCCCAGGCCCUCUCCGAGGACACGGUGGGGCCCCAUACGGGCGUCUACACCUUCUCGGGGCUGCAGCCCGGCGUGCAGUACGACUUUGGCGUCACCACGCUGGCGGGAGACGGAGAGAGCCAGCCCACCCACCACACGCACAGCACCGCUGUGACCCCUCCAAAGGAUCUGCAAGUGGACUCAAGCUCCGAGAGUGGAGAAGUGACCAUCACAUGGGAGAGAGUCUCCAUACCAGGCCUGACCGGGUACCGCGUGCGUGGGACACCCCUCCACGGGCAGCGAGGCCACGCCCUGGAUGAAGUCGUGAGGCCUGACCAGACGUCCCUCACCUUGGAGAGCCUCACCCCCGGCGUGGAGUACAACAUCACCAUCACGGCCGUGAAGGGCGUAGCAGAGAGCACUGCUGUUUCCACUACCCUCACAACAGCUGUGCCUCCGCCAACAGACCUGCGUUUCACGCAAGUAGAGCUGGACAGCUUCCGUGUGAGCUGGAGUGCGCCUCCAAUCUCCACGACGGAAUCUUUUCUCAUCCGCUACUCGCCACUGCGCCACGAGGAUUUGCUGUCCGAAGUCAGCACCACACCCGAUGAGUUGGAGGUUAUUUUGACAGGUCUCCUGCCAGGCACUGUGUACGGUGUCAGUGUGCACACGGUGAUUCGAGGACACGAGAGCGUGGGCCUCUCUGGAACUCAGGGCACAGAAAUCGACGCUCCGACAGACAUGGAGUUCUUGGACGUGACGGACUCGACCUUCACGGUCUACUGGACGCCGUCGAACGCGCCCGUGUCGGGCUACCGCGUGGCCUACGGCCCGCAGUUGCUGGGCCACGUGGCGGAGGACAGCGUGCCGCCCGAGCGUACCUCCAUCGUGCUGGCGAGCCUGCAAGCCGGCACGGAGUACACGGUCAGCGUGUACGCCAUCGGGCGCGACGUGCACCGCGAGAGCGAGCCCCUCGUCGGCUCCCAGGCCACCAACUCAAACGGCCCCACCGACCUCGUGAUCACCCGCACGUCACCCACCACCUUUUCUGUGUCCUGGACGCCGCCUCCAAUCAGCGUCCGCUACUACCGCCUGAGCUACGUGGAGACCGGCAGCAGGCGGCCCCCAGCAGAGCUCACCAUCCCGGGCACGAGAAACACGGCUGUGAUCCUGGGCCUACAGCCCGGCACGGAGUACACGGUGUCGCUGUAUGCCGUCACGGGCAGAGGAGACAGCCCCGCCACCAGCAAGCCCAUCACCAAGACGGAGAGCACUCAGGUGGACACUCCGAGUGGCCUGGAAGUCAUGGAGGUGACCGAUCGCACAAUCCGCAUUCGCUGGGCGCCUUCGAAAGCCCCCAUCAAUGGCUAUCGUGUGACCUCCAUCCCCAAGACGGGCCGCGGCACGCAGGACACACGUGAGCUUCCAUCGGGCCGUACGGACGUCACCAUUGACGGGCUGCUGCCCACCCUGGAGUACGCGGUGAAUGUGUACGCCUUGAGCGACCAUGGGGAGAGCCUGCCCGCCUCGAAGAACGUGGUGACAGGUAUCGAUGCCCCCAAGGGCCUGACCUUCACGGACGUGGACGUGGACUCAAUGUCCAUCUCAUGGGACUCUCCGGAGGGCACGGUGACGGGCUACCGUGUGCUCUACGAGUCCUUGGAUGACGGCGUGCCACAGACACUGUCGCCGGCGCCGGACGGCGACGCUGACACGGCCGUCAUUUCCCAGCUGCAGCCCGGCUCGGACUACAAGGUCAGCGUGACGGCACUCCACCACGACACGGAGAGCCUCCCGCUGAUGGGCACGCAGGCCACCGCCAUCCCUCCACCCACGGCACUGAAGCUUGUGCAGGCCACCUCCACCAGCCUGUCCAUCCAGUGGCAGCCGCCCUCGGCCGAAGUGAGCGGCUUCCGCGUGGUGGUGACGCCGCGGGAGAAGAGUGGACCGAGCCGGGACCACAUGGUGCCGGCCGACGUCAAUUCGUUCACACUGCCCAGCCUCAUGGUGGCAACGCAGUACAACGUGUUCGUGUACGCGCUGAAGAACGGUCACACAAGCAAGCCGCUGCAGGAUGUCUUCACAACGCUGGAGAACAUCAGCCCUCCACGCAAGCCGCGCGUGGUGAACGUGACGGAGACAUCCAUCACGGUGAACUGGCGGGCCAAGAGCGACACACUGUCCGGGUUUCUCAUCUCCGUCGUGCCAUCCUCCACCGCUCCCAGCGUCGAGAAGACCCUCUCACCAGAUGCACGCCAAUUCACCAUCGCUGAUCUGCUGCCAGGCAUUCACUACACCAUAAGCAUCUAUGCCGUCAGCGGAAACACAAGAAGUCAGCCUGCUACAGUGACCGCUACCACAGCCCUGGACGCACCGAAGGACCUCCGCUUCGACUCGGCCAGCCAGGACAGCAUCACGUUCAGCUGGCAGCCGCCGCGCGCGCCCAUCAUGAGCUACGUCGUCACCUACUCGUCCGAAGUCGGCUCGCUCAACCGGCUCACGCCAGCUCCCGGGCCCAGGGACACCUCGGCCACCAUUACAAAUCUCCAGCCCAGCACGCGCUACACCAUCGGCAUCUACGCCGUGCAGAACAGCAUGCGCAGCGCUCAGCUCACCGGAAAGCACCGCACAGAACAAGAGCUGCAGCUACCGCAGUUGGCUACUAGACCGCCAAACUUUCCCGCCCGAUACAUUCCCCCGUUUUUAGACAUCCCUACAUCCUCCCAGCAUUCGUCCACUGUCCUGGAGAGAGACCCGAACAGCGAAUCGCGUAGCACGCGAUAUUACACACGACAAAGGUCUCUGAACAACAGGCAGAACGGCAGGCCUCUGUCCGGGCAGAGGCCUGUCGGCGAUUUUCUCACCGCCCUGACACCGAGGUUCGUAGACGCGACGGACGAGCACAAGCCUGCGAACGCGCAGUUCAAGCCGUCCAUCCUCGGUCAGCCAGCAAACUCGCAGACGACCAGGCGUAUCAUUCCCGGGAGGUUCAUGAGACCCGACGAGCUGGCGGAGAGCGCCGUCACUCCGUCGUACGAACCACAGGCACACCAAAGAGGUCGGCCACAGUUGGGGUUGCAUCCAGAAGGACAGCAGCCCCUGUUCGGUAACUUCCGUCCUUUCAAAGCCAGAGUCGCUGGGAUUGAUAGCCACUCGCCAGACAGGAGUGCGGCUGGCUUUACGCCAUCUGAGGUGGUGUUCAUGGACCGUGGCCUGGUACCAAUCAAGACUGAGGACAGAAUUCUGGGCCCCCAAGAAGCUGCAAAGACUCUGACCACUAUCAGCUGGUCUCCGCAGCCACAGGCGUCUGAGUACCUAUUGUCCUGCUACCCACUCAGCGGAGAGGGAGAAACAACACAGAUCCGCGUGCCGGCUGGCACUUCGAGCGCCACGCUGGCGGGGCUGGCGGACGGCACGCAGUACAGCGUCGUGGUGGAGGCCCUGCAGGGCACGCAGCGCUACCGCGUGCACGAGGAGGUGGUGACGGCACGCGCCGUCAGCAGCCCUCACGAGGGCGUAGGGGGCCAGGGAUCUAUGACGGAGAGCGAUGAAGACCUGUGCUUGGACACAGCCACAAGUAUCUACUACUCGGUGGGCCAAGAGUGGGAGCGUCUCUCCGAGAAUGGCUUCAUGCUCUACUGCCGCUGCUUGGGCUUCGGCAAUGGCCAUUACCGCUGUGAUUCGUCGCGUUGGUGCCACGACAAUGGUAAGAACUACAGGGAGGGCGAGACCUGGGACCGCCCGGCCGACAACGGGCAGAUGCUGACGUGCACGUGUUUGGGCCGCGGCAAGGGGGAGUACAAGUGCGAGCCGCAUGAGGCGUCGUGUUACGAUGAAGGGAAGAUGUACCAGGCCGGCGAUCAGUGGCGCAAACUCUACCGUGGUGCUAUGUGCACCUGCACCUGCCUGGGAGGGCAGCAGGGUUGGCGAUGUGAGGAAUGCCGUAGUCCCAGCGAGGAGGAUGCAGGCAGCAGCCACACUGCUGCAGCCUCCCACUCGUCUUCUGCUUCCCAGGGAGUCUUCUCCCAGUACAUCCAGAGUGUUCGCCGGAGCGCUGGAACCAACUGUGCCUUCAAUUGCAGAUGAGAGACACCUUUUGGGCAACUAGCCCCAUCCAAAAUCCCCUCGCCCAUCCUCGCAACCGCGUCGUCCACGCGUGGUAAAAUAUGGAAAACCUACUUAAGCAAA